GCGUCGGCAGGGGGACGCUGGUCUCGGAAAUCAAGUUUUGUUUUGUUGUGCGACAUGCGGAAAGAAAAAUAAGCGUCACUUAAAAUCGGCUGUAAGCACUUUAGGACUUGUAGAUAAAACUAUCGUGAAGUUAUAAAUGUACCACUCGAACGCUCCUGAGGCCAGCGGGGCGUCUGUUAGCUCAGAUAACGUCUGUCAUAUAAUGCACGAGCGUGGCUCGAAAGUAACCGUCUCGGAAAGUGGUGCGGAGAGUUCGAUUGAUGUUCAGUUGGUGAGCCUUGCGCCGUGUCCCGCCUAGAGAGAGUAGUUUCCAAAACACCCGGAAGCUGUUGUACAUGUGAAAGUGGUGUUAGUCGAGCGGCUGCUUUGGUGUGUCACUUAUGUUGUUCACUUGGCAAAUGUUGACCGCAGUGUUUGCUGUCAAAUGAUCACUUAGGCGCCAUGUCGCGAUUUGGGAUCGUUCCUGUUUUCGAUGUUAAGCAGCUCGGCUCUUCCGACCACGACGCAAAAAACUGUCUUCUGACAGCGCUUCAAGAGGCUAUAAAGCAGGUGCAGAAUGUCGCAGAGCCUGCUGGCACCGGUGCUUUGACAGAAGACACUCCAGAAGCUUGCUGGUUAUGCGAACACCUUGACAGGGUGCUUCUCUAUGGUUUGCAAGAGCCCCAGUGGGGCUAUUGGCCAUGGGUGCGCAAGUUCACGCACCCUGCAGCCCAGCAAGAAAUUGCUUCCUUGCCGUCAGUGUCCACAGAUCUUGGAUAUGGCCGUGCUUGGCUCUUGGCUAGCCUGAAUGGGGGACUGUUGGAGAGCUAUAUGCUGUCCUUCCGCCAGAAUUUGCGGCUGCUGCGCAAAGGCUACUCAUCGAAUUCUCUCCUUAGAGAUCCACAAUACUUGGACCUGCUUGCCACCUUGCUGUCAGGAUUGGAACACAUUCCUUUCAGCCUGAACCAGAACAAUGCACUAUUAGAUGACACUAAUGCUUGGCCAAAGAUCAUAUCAUAUCGUCAGUCUCUGCUCCAUACGGAUGAAGAUGUUGUGGUGCUACCUCAGGGAGUUUCUGUGAUGACCAUAUCAUCAACAGACAGCUCGACCAGCUCUCGUGAGGAUGACUCGGGCAUCCAGAGUGUUCGUGUCUCUUGUGCCACGCUGUCUUCUCUGGCAUCACCUGCGGAGGAAGUGCAUGUCCCCGAGACUUGUGGCUGUGCUGAAUGUGCUGCCUUUCUUGAUCGAGAACACAUUCGGCGCAUUAUCAACCUAGACGUUGUUCCACCAUCAUCUGCCGACUCCAGUGAAGCAGUUGAUUUAGAACUUGAGGUGACACGAGUUGUGAUAACACGACGCAAAGGAGGCCACAGUACUGCUAAACCAAGAACGCUGUUGUCAACAUUUGGAAGUGAAGGUGUAACGACAGUGAUAUUGGAAGCUGGCGAGGCAACGAAUGUUGAUGGCAAAGUGUGUGCUCCACUGAGGCGGGCACUGGUUGAAGCUGAAGGGCAGCCUCUACACUCCUCGCAAGGGGCCCCAUUCAGCGAGAAGGGCAGGACUGGUGUUGCAUGUUUUGCUGCGAUGACUGAGUCGACUGGUUCCAUGAGAGACUCUGGAUGUUAUGCAUUUGUGGAAAGUGACAGAGGCGCACCAGAUGGCUGUGAAGGAGAGGUUGAUGAAGUUAGGCAGGAAGGGAGGACAACAGAUGACUCUGAACAGCAUGAGGAUGUGUUUUCCAUCUAUGAUUGUAGUGGCAAGUGCACCUCAGAUGUGACAUGUGAUGACAGUGGUGACAAUGGCUCUGCUACAGAAGGAGAGGCAGCGGAGUCUUCAAAGUUUGUUGAACAAGAACUGCUCGUAGAAACAAGCAAGAAAGAAGGAUUUGAUAUCAAGGUAGAAAAUAAUGCUCUCCUCCAUCUUACACUAGAGAUAUUUGAAUCAGAUGAUGAGAAAUUCUACAAGAUGUUUCUGGCAUGGAAGUGCUGUGAUGGAAAAGGACUUUUGGAGCCUAUUUAUGUUCUGAUGACAAACAAAUUUUUGUACAUACUUCGACCGAGGGCUGAGGUGAACCUGUUUGCCAGAGAUUUUUCUGUGCGCCUCAUUGAAGUCAAGGUGGUCACAGUCUGGCUGAACUACCAGGGCUUCUCCCUGACUUGCAAUUCUGGGAAAAAGGCCGAUGUGGCCACUGGCCAUGCUGAGCUAACGAGGAAUAUUCUCUCAAGCCUGGAUCUAGCCGUUCGGAGAACUCACAAUGGAGUCAAGUGCCUUCCAUCAAUAGUGAGUCACUGCUCUGAACAGCUAGAUGCCAUGAAGAAGCUCUUGGCACACGAAUUGAAAUCCCAAGAGGAUGGUGGGCUUGUUGUAAAGGACUACCGUUUGGUGCACUGGGAGAAGUGCAUACAGUCCUCACCGGGGGAUUACGCUUGUGGGCCCAGCGUGGGCAGUCCCCUUAUGUGGAGGUUCCUCGAAGGGAAUGCCAGGCGAGAGAGGAAGAAGCAUUGGGAAGCUGGCUACUUCCUGUUGCGGGCUGGAGUCCUGUACAGGUUCUCAAACCAAGGAGACACUAUACCAAGUGCCACUUACCUUGUUAGUGGGGUCCACUGUGGUUCCUGUCAGGCAGUGUCAAAUGUUGGGCGACCACAUGCCUUGCAACUGAACCUGGCUCCCUCUGGUGGUGCCUGCCUUCAGCUUGCUGCUUCCAAUGAGGCGGAAAUGGAGCGCUGGGUUUAUGCGCUCACUGAAGCAGGGCAGGCCUCCUUCUGUGGGUCUGGAUCUAUGGGUGGCAUGGUGGCCUGCUGCCUAGUGUUGGUGGGUGACCUUGUGUUGACCUUGGUUGAGGGGUCAAGAGUCUUGGGUGUAGGAGUCAUUAUUGACCUGAGUGUAGUCCGCAGUGAGAACAACUUCUGCAUUAUGGAGUUUGAUGGUGGCGAGGCUGAGAGCUGUGCUUACAACUGGAUCUUUUGGUUUGCCACUGAAGAAGAAAAAAACGAGUUCCUGAGCAUUGUCUCCGUUUCCUGGCAAGAAAUGUUCAAGGUCCCACUCGAGGUUGCUCCCAUGUCCAGCGGCACACUGAGAAGGCACUGCCUGGAACGAGCCUCUCAGCUUGAAGCAAGGCUAAACGAUUCUAGAGCAUUCUGUCUCGACAUUUGAAGUGACGACUGCACUCAGAUGCUCACAGCAGCUUGCUGGCAAAGUUGCCUAUAUCUUUAGUUUUGUGGUUAGCUUAGAAAUAUAUUUUAAGAAAGAGAAGCUCGAGUGAUACUGAGUGCAACGCAAGCAUACAUUGAGAAAUGAUCGAUAGGCAGGCAAGUAUCACUUCUUUCAAGCCAGAACUGUAACCUGCUUAGUAGGAUUGACAUGUGAACUGCUUGGUAAUGAUUUGUUGUUGACAGAAGUGUUGCACAGAAAAAGAGAAAAUGUUGCAAUGCUGUGUCAUCUCUCUUUCUUUCCCUUGUCUUCUGUGCACUGCUUAUUAAGUCAAUGACAAAGGGUAACCUGCAUAAGGAAUAAUAAUGUAUGUGUUUUCUCCAUUUUGACUUUCUCCCAUCUGGGUAGGCGGUUAACGGCUGUUUAAUCACUCUCAGCUCAGUUGAUAUUGCUGCUUUCUUUAGUAAUCACUGUGCUGUGUCUAGCUAACAGUAUAGUUUAAUAUGGGGAAUGGACACUGCAAGUGGCAGCAAUACAAAAACAGAAGCAAAGAUAAGACAGUGCAUGUCCUGUUCUUGCUUCCUUCUGUCUUGGUAGUGUUGCCGCCAUAGAAUGAACCUUCAUCAACUUGCCCAGCUUUGUAUAUGAAAUGCAAUCAGGGGGCACAUUUGGUGCAAAAAACACUGGUCACUUAUAGAAUGGGGGAGUCGCUUGAAUGUUCAAGGUCUUCGUGGGAAAAGCUUUCGAUUCAAGGUACCUGUGGAAGCAUAAACUCGACAGUUUCAUCAAGUCUUUAUUUUACUUGUCUGUGAUAGGCAAGUGUGGUAUCACUAGCUUUGGGUCUUUAUGAUGGUGCCUGAACUAGAUCAAUACAGGUAUGCCCUCCUGUUGUUCUUGCGAGACUGUCGUACACACAUGUGCGAGCUGCUGCAGGCAAGUGGAUUCCCAAACCGGUUGCAUAACUGUAAAGUAGUUACACAGACCAUGGAAAGAAAUGAAACAGGCAAGACUGCUGGCAUUAUUUGGCCAACAGUCAUACAGCCUGUUUCUUUUCGUGUCACUGCAUCAUUUUAACAAACUUUAUGCUACAAAGGCAAUAUGCGACUGCUGUGUCUGUGUAGUACAUAUUAUUAUGCUCCUAGGCUGUUCUAUGUAUAGGCUGUCAUGUGAACAUAAUUAGAUGUAAACUCGUUAAUCAAAAUGCAAGAACUCUGAACUGCUGAUGCAAGUUUGGGUUCUUUUAAUUGUGGCCAAUGAGCAUUGAAAUGUUGAAAGCUUGAUGCUGUUAGUGUAAAUAUUGCCCCAUUAUUGAAAGGGCCCUAAACAGGCAUGGCUCAUGUGCACAUGGUAGACUAGUCAUAACAGUAUGAAGUAACAGACAGUGAAGCCAGAGAAAAGCAUAUGCUAAGUUGUUUGCUAUAGUGAUGUAAAAUAUUAAAGUAACAAGUUAAAGGGAAAUGAAAGUGGACGAAAAGAAAAGUUUCCAUACGUGGUCAGGACGCCUAAUGCAAAAGCAUUAGUGUCCAAUGAAAUGCCACUGAGCGGUCCUUCGAGUUAUGAACUCCUCGCGGGAAAGUGAGCACGUUAAGACGCUUGGUGCGUUUUGAUGUGGCCUUACCGAGGCACAGUUACAAUGCAGGAGAGAGCUUGUGCAGAUAAGGAACAUGCCGAUAAUACAGGUUUUCAAGAGCGAGGGUGAUGUUGCGUUGCGGCAAUGCCCUCUCCCCUCGUGUAGCACUUGGCAUGCUGGUGUCCAGUUUCGUCCCGCUCUGCAUUCUUGAGGCGCGCUCGUGCCAUGGUGUCGCAACCAAUGGGAACUCCAUCAAGGCACACUCGUGACAUGGCAUUGCAGCCAAUAAGAAUUUAGGCUGCUGCAAAUGCUGGAUGCCAGCUUUUUCACUCAAUGAGCCAUUUGAUACCUUCACAUCUACUGUACAAGAUAAGCCUUGGGAGUGUUAGCCAGCACUGCUCGCAGCCAAGGCUGCAGGCGGGAGCGUCUUUUCAACCACAGGUGUCGUAUGGUGCAUGAGUUUAGGAGCUGGUCAGUAAAACCCUCAUGUGUUACUUCACGGCAUCAAGUCUGCCAAAUUUGAAACCUUUAGCUAUGCGAUGAGUGGGAAGAAUAGGGGGAUCCGAGGGGCCUGAUUUUUAGUUAGUCACAACCAUAUCAAGUCAUGGGCGUUGAUACUAGAGAAACAAUAAGGGAAGUUAAUUAUGCAUCACAGCCAGUUAUUGGUAGAAAUAUAAAUGCCUGAGUUUGUUAGGGCCUCCUUAAGCUUAAUGGCACUAGUUCAGCGUGUCUGGGCAGUGCCAAACACACCUGAGCCAUUCUGAGCCUGUUUGCAUCAUACAUUGCAUCAAGCAGUACUUCUACGACACUCCUCACUAGCAGUUGCAGAAAGCAGUGCUCGCACUUUAACCAAAAUGGACUACCAUACGUGAGCAUUUGGGUUUAUUUGUUAAAUGUUACAGUUGCUCUGCAUUCUUAGAUCGGUAACCGAGAUGUUUAUGUUUGGCUUAAGGAUAAUAAUUUUAUCCAGACAAAAAAUAGUUGAAAAACUAUGAAAGAAACCUGUACAGGUUUCUCGGAAGGAAGCCUUUACAGCUUAACAAAAAUUAAUAUAGGUUCACCAGUUGAACCCAUCACCACAGCUGGUAGGACAAGUUGUGCAGUGUGUGCUCAAUUCACUCCCUGGACUGGGAAGCUCUGAUUAACCUGCAUGAAUUUCUUUCAUAGCUUCAUACACCUUUUAUGCGGAUGGCAGUUUUACUUUUUGAUGAAACUUUACCUGCCUUGCAUAUGUUCGUAGAAAUUAUUUCCUUAAGUAUAUGUUAGGCUCAAGAUGUCGUGAUUCAUGUUCAAAGCCUCGUUGGCUCAGUUUAUUCUUAGCAUGAAAUAAAUCCUUUACAUUUGGAAGUAUUAAGCUAGAGAAAUAUAGCUAUUUCAGACACCAUGUGCUAAAGUUCUCUAAAAUCGCUUUUUAGACUUCUGUAAUGGUUUAAGCAUAACCUAGGCUAGUUACAUGUAAGAAAAUGUUUGCAGCCACCUUUACUGUUAUAGGUCAUAUAAAUCGCAAUUUUAUUAAGUGGCAUUAUUCUUGCAAUAUACUGUUGUACAAUGAAGUUCUGGUCCUGCUCGAGGUGUGUGAAGGAUGUCUCUUCGCUGACUAGAGUAGCAUCUGCACAGCAUCUUAGGGUGCCACGUUGAAACUGGGCGGCAGAGCUUGUAAAGCUGUGUAUAUUAUAGAAUGUUUACUUGAAAACCUAGUCUGUAUUUUAAUGUGCAAUGCAUUCCCGUUGCAUGGUUUUACAUGAGCGUCUUGUAGCAAGUUUGAUGUUUUUUCUUCCAUCAGGCUUGCAUUUAAUAUUCUUGCAUUUGACUUUCUUUCAUGUCCAUUAUGAUUUUUAUAGAGCUGCAUCAUUUGAUGUGGCAUAAAAGAACUUUUUUGCAUCUGAGCAACAAAUUUUACAAGAGUUCUAAUAACUUCCUUUGAUGUGUUGUAGGAAUGGCUGCUUGGGAUGUUUUGUGCCAUCAUCAUUUAUUUUUGCAUCUUCUGAUAGGCACAGAAGCAAACAACUCACUACAUUUAAUAGCAGCUUUGACCAUCCAAAAAGAAUGACCAAAUAUUUUCAAAAGCUUUCAUUGGAAAUCUAUCUGCUGUAUGUUGAGGAUCUAUUCACUGGAAGAAUAAAGAGAAAUAACUAUUCUUUGAAGUUGCAUAGUGAGCAAAAUACAAGGCUUUCUGCGCUUUGGGUAACUGCGGCUAAUGGAAUGUUUGCUGCCACUGCUGUUGUUAGGUAUUAAAGUGAGCUUUGAAUUUUUUUAAAGGUAUUGGCUGCUGCAGAUAUUGAGCAGCUCUCACAUUUUUAAUGCCUUAUGGGUGAAUCCAAACAGCCUUAGAUGCAAGUGUCGUCCCUGCCUGAAUUUUGCCAAAGACUAUAUUCUGUUUCUCAUCAUUCUGAUUUCAUUAAUAAUCUGUCAUUACUACCACUGAUUAUGCACAAAGCACACCAGAAACAAAUGUUAGUCUGUUGUCAGAAAGCACAGUUGAUAAUCUCACUAUAGCUGCUGUGCUUCAGACAGCUGUCAGAAAGGAGGCUCAUAAUGUUGCAGUAGGGCUUUUACCAUUUGCAUCAUCUACGUUAAAGAGCAGUGGCAUGUCAACAAAGGUUGCUGGAAACUCUAAUGUAUCCCUGACGCUUAUAUGUUACGAGUAUGUUAAAAUCUCUUUGUUAAGACAUUCACACUUCUAAGUAGAUGUCCAUGCAAUUUCUCUGCCCUCAUGGCCUCUGCAAACUGCCCUGCGAGUUUGAACAGUUUUGUCAUUUACAUCUGCUCAUCAAAAUAAUGGUGACUGCUGUCCUAUGCAGGCUGUUCUGUUGCAGACAUGGUUCUCUGGCAUGUGUUUUCCUUCAGGUGCAUGAUACGGUGAUUGCGUAACUCCUGUGUUUUCUCACAGCUAGCCAAAUAACAGCACCACCCAUUUGCUUCUGUGUGUUUGUCAUGUUUCUAUUGCUGAGCAUCAUCUGUGAUACAUGUUUGCAUUGCAAGCUCUAUGCAUGUUUCUCCUAUCAUUCGAAGCCUGGACAUUGGCUUCAUUGUUAUUAAGAGCCAAACAAGUGAGAAAUUCUUUGCAUUGCACUUUUUUUCUACACUUGCUUGUGUUGGCCACACUCAGUAUGUUUGACUGUUCCCUGCAGAAUUUUCACAACGUUGCAGCAAUGUUUGUAUAUGCUAAUAGAUGCAAUAAUAAAAGAGCUGUAUCUGCUGCA